AUGUGCGCGCGAACCAAGCCGGAAUUGCUCUGGCCGGAAUUGCCCCUCUCAUGCCUUCCCCCUCUCAUGCCUUCCCCCUCUCAUGCCUUCCCACUCUCAUGCCUUCCCCCUCUCAUGCCUUCCCCCUCUCAUGCCUUCCCCCUCUCAUGCCUUCCCCCUCUCAUGCCCUCCCCCUCUCAUGCCCUCCCCCUCUCAUGCCCUCCCCCUCUAAUGCCCUCCCCCUCUCAUGUCCUCCCCCUCUCAUGCCCUCCCCCUCUCAUGCCCUCCCCCUCUCAUGCCCUCCCCCUUUCAUGCCCUCCCCCUCUCAUGCCCUCCCCCUCUCAUGCCCUCCCCCUCUCAUGCCCUCCCCCUCUCAUGCCCUCCCCCUCUCAUGCCCUCCCCCUCUCAUGCCCUCCCCCUCUCAUGCCCUCCCCCUCUCAUGCCCUCCCCCUCUCAUGCCCUCCCCCUCUCAUGCCCUCCCCCUCUCAUGCCCUCCCCUUCUCAUGCCCUCCCCCUCUCAUGCCCUCCCCCUCUCAUGCCCUCCCCCUCUCAUGCCCUCCCCCUCUCAUGCCCUCCCCCUCUCAUGCCCUCCCCCUCUCAUGCCCUCCCCCUCUCAUGCCCUCCCCCUCUCAUGCCCUACCCCUCUCAUGCCCUCCCCCUCUCAUGCCCUCCCCCUCUCAUGCCCUCCCCCUCUCAUGCCCUCCCCCUCUCAUGCCCUCCCCCUCUCAUGCCCUCCCCCUCUCAUGCCCUCCCCCUCUCAUGCCCUCUCAUGCCUUCCCCCUCUCAUGCCUUCCCCCUCUCAUGCCUUCCCCCUCUCCUGCCUUCCCCCUCUCAUGCCUGGACCAGUCAAAGUACCCCAUUCUCCCACUUUCCAUCACCCCGCCCCAUUCUCCCUCUUUCCCUCACCCCGCCCCAUUCUCCCCCUUUCCAUCACCCCGCCCCAUUCUCCCUCUUUCCAUAACCCUGCCCCAUUCUCCCGCUUUCCAUCACCCCGCCCCAUUCUCCCGCUUUCCAUCACCCCGCCCCAUUCUCAAACUUUCCAUCAUCCCGCCCCAUUCUCCCGCUUUCCAGCACCCCGCCCCAUUCUCCCGCUUUCCAUCACCCCACCCGAUUCUCCCGCUUUCCAUCACCCCGCCCCAUUCUCCCGCUUUCCAUCACCCCGCCCCAUUCUCCCGCUUUCUAUCACCCCGCCCCAUUCUCCCUCCUUCCAUCACCCCGCCCCAUUCUCCCGCUUUCCAUCACCCGCCCCAUUCUCCCGCUUUCCAACACCCCGCCCCAUUCUCCCACUUUCCAUCACCCCGCUCCAAUCUCCCGCAUUCCAGCACCCCGCCCCAUUCUCCCGCUUUCCAUCACCCCGCCCCAUUCUCCCGCUUUCCAUCACCCCGCCCCAUUCUCCCACUUUCCAUCACCCUGCCCCAUUCCCCCGCUUUCCAUCACCCCGCCCCAUUCUCCCGCUUUCCAUCACCCCGCCCCAUUCUCCCGCUUUCCCAAACCCCGCCCCAUUCUCCCGCUUUCCAUCACCCCACCCGAUUCUCCCGCUUUCCAUCACCCCGCCCCAAACCAAGCUGA